AUGUACAUGCUUCUGGCUGUGUGGCCUGUCAAGAAUGCAUCAGGAAGUGCCAGCAUUGAGUCAACCAGAGGAUGCAUCCUCAAGAACACAAGCCUUGGAACAAAAGCAAUCUGCACUCACCUACAUCUCAAAUCUGUUCCUCAGAAACUUCCAAGCAACACAGUAAUAUUCGAUCUCUCCUUCAAUAUGAUAUCAACCUUAUUCAACAGUUCUUUUUUAUAUCUUCCUAGCAUUGCUUCCUUGGGACUUGAACGCAAUGUUCUCUCAAAGAUAGAGCAUGGUGCCUUUGAGCCCCUGAGCCACCUCAGGAACUUAAGUCUAACAGGCAACAGACUGGUUUCUCUUCCAUCAGGGUUGUUCAAAGCAAAUCAUUUCCUCUCUAGACUCAUUCUUAGCAGAAACAGAUUGAUUUAUUUUCCUCAUAAUGCACUGCCUGAGUCUAAAAGCAUAACAAAACUUUUGUUAGAUGGGAAUAAAAUCUCUUUGAUUGAUUCAGGUUACUUUGAACCACUACAGAACUGCUCACUGGACAUCCUAAAUCUAAGGGGUAAUGCCUUACAUAGUCUUCAAUUCAACAUUUUCUCCUAUUUGCAUUCAGUGAGGUGGUUGCCGCUGUCAGCAAACAAUUUUAAAAACUUUACCCCCUCCAUGGUGUUAGGGAGAACUAAUAUCACAACUCUAGAUGUAAGUAAUUGCAAGAUAGAGCAUAUAAUUCCAUGGAAUAAAUCAAAUGUCUCUCUGGAAAAUUAUGGUAAAAUAUCUGAACUUAUUUUAAAUCAAAACAAAAUAAGACACAUACCAGACUUUGCAUUUUGGGGUUUUAAUCAGACAGAGACUGUUUUGCUCCACUAUAGCCAAGUUACUAAAUUAUCAAAUAAAUCAUUCUGCGGAUUAGAUAAGUUAAUUGAUCUGGAUUUGUCUUACAAUCACCUGACAACUCUAAGCUGGAAUACAUUCUCUUGCAUGGAAAUGUUAUCAAAACUUAAGCUCAAUAAUAAUCAGAUCACAAGUGUAUCCAUCGAUUUGGUAUCAGGCCUAUCCUCACUGUCUCACCUCAAUUUGGCACAUAAUAGUAUAAAAGAUAUUGAAAGGAGCAAUGUGACAAUUCCUUCAGUAGAAUAUAUAGACCUGUCUUCUAACAAAUUCACAGGGAUAAGGAGGUUCUUAAUGUGGAGUUUCACAAAUCUUAAGAUUCUGAACAUGUCUAACAAUGGCUUCACUCACCAGUACUCGCCAUAUUCCUUUUUCAACUUGAGACACCUCCAAGAACUCUAUCUUACCAAUGAGAAUCACCAAGAUAUCAAUUACGCUUUCCGCUACCUGGCGCAUCUACUAGUUUUAGACUUAUCAUCUGCUCCAUUAAGGUUGUUUAACCUGAGUCAAUUUACAAAUACUUCAUCGCUCAAAAGGUUGACCAUGCGUGACAACAGCCUUAGAAGUGCAGAUAUAUACCAUGCUGAAACAAACAGAACACUCUUUUGGGGACUAUCCUCAUUGGAGACCCUGGAUCUAAGAAAAAAUAAGCUUGAUAUGUUAGCACCAGGUACAUUCAACCCUUUGACAAAUCUCAAGAUUCUUUACCUGUCACAGUGUACUAUAACGGUUCUGAGCUGUGGUAUCUUUGAUAACCUCACUGCCCUUAGAACAUUGGACCUCCGUGACAAUGCUAUCAUGAAGGUACCUGAGUCCCUGCUUCAAAGGCAACACCAUCUUGCUGUUCUGUUCUUAGGUAAUAAUAAACUUGAGUCUAUUCCAAGAAUACUGUUCAAGGAAACCACAUCUUUGCACAGUCUGUUCAUUCAACAAAACAGAAUUGCCAUAAUAGAGCCAAUGACGUCGUUUCCAACGAAUACGACACUAAGAAUACAUGCUGCCGGGAACCCAUUCUCCUGUACAUGCCGCCUGAGUUGGUUUGUAAAAUGGCUACAUUCAGACAAUGCUGAACUCUGGCGUCCAAAGCAAACUCUCUGCUCACUGACAUCCCUGGAAGCAGAGGUUAAUUCCCCAUUACUAAUGUUUAACCCAGACAAAUAUUGUGGAAUUGACAUUGUGAUGAUCACAAGUGUAACUCUUUCUGGUCUUCUGGUAUUGGUGAUUGGCUGGGUGGCUUACAAGCAACGAUGGUGGCUAAACUACAAGUUAUUCCUCUUAAAGCUGGCUAUCUUUGGCUACGAGGAAAUCAACCAUGAAUUUGAUGAACAGGAAUAUGAAUACCAGCUAAACAUUAUGUAUAACGAAGAAGACCAGGAAUGGGUUGACCGCAUCAUGAAGCCAGUUCUGCAGGAAAGGUUUCCACAUCUUCAGAAAGUGGCCUUCGGUGACAAUGACCUUAACAUUAGUAUGUUCUACCUCAACGCACUUCACUAUGUUGUUGAUAACAGCUUCAAGACAGUCUUUUUGAUUAGUUAUAAUUGUAUAAAUGAUGCUUGGUUCUUGACCAAGGUGCGUAUCGCCCUGGAGCAAAUCAAUGAUACCAAACUGGAUAUGGUCAUUCUAAUUUUCCUUGAGGAUAUCCGGGAUGAUGACCUUCCAUACCUAGUCAGGUUGUUCCUUAGUAAGAACAAACCUUACAUGCUCUGGACAGAUGAUGAGGAUGGUCAGGAACUUUUCUGGGCUCAAUUUGAGAAGAGCAUAAGAUCCAACAAGGCUAUCAAUAGUGUUAUACCUGUUUAA